AUGAGUAAAAAUAAACAGAAUGUUAUUGUUCAAGACACGAAACACGUUGAAGUCGAUGACGAUGAUAUAGAGUUUGAAGAAGAGGAAGAUUCAGAUAUUGAAUUAGGAGAAGAUGAUCAAGACUAUGAUCCAACCUUUAAUCCCAAAUUGUAUUCAUAUAUGAGAAGAGUAACUCAACACAAUGCACCAGCGAUCAAUGAUAUCUAUGUAACGAAUAAUGGUAACUUUUUAUACUAUUGCAAACGAGCAAUGAAAUUACUACAAAACAAACAAAUGCAAGAAAUCAAUAUACAUGGCUUGGGUGCUGCCAUCAUCAAAGCAAUCAAAUUAUCUUUAUAUUUGGAAAAAAGAAUACCAGAUAUAGUAAUUGGAGCAUCCACUUCAACAGAGGAAAUUAUUGAUCAUUAUGAUCCAAAUGUAGAUAAAUUAGAACCAGUAUCAAAAAUUAGACAUUGUUCAGCCAUUCAUAUCAAAGUUACAACUAAACCAAAUCAAAUACCUUCAACCAUUUCAAUACCAAAACCAUUAUCAGCAUCAGAAAGAAAGAAAAAGAAAAAGAAGAAUAGUAAUAAUAAUAAUAAUAAUAAUAAUAAUCAAAAUUCAUCAACUUCUAUACCACCUCCUUUGAAUAGCUAG